UUGCUACUCAAUAGAGUGCUAGCUAACUCACUGAGCUUGAUUACAGCCAUGGACGAGCUGUUUCUACUUUCGGUGCUGCUGGCGGCGGCAGCAGUUGCGCUGCUGCAGGUGCUGAAGGUGGCUCUGAACCCAGUCAGCGAGAGGGCGCCACCAGGCCCAUGGAAGCUGCCAGUGAUCGGCAGCAUGCACCACCUGGUGAAUGUGCUGCCGCACCGGGCGCUGAAGGACCUCGCCGACGUGCACGGCCCGCUGAUGAUGCUGCAGAUGGGGCAGACGCCGCUGGUUGUGGCGUCAUCCAAGGAGACUGCACGGCUAGUUCUCAAGACACACGACACCAACUUCGCCACGCGGCCAAAGCUCCUCGCCGGUGAGAUCGUCGGCUACGAGUGGUCCGACAUCGUCUUCUCCCCCUCCGGCGACUACUGGCGCAAGCUCCGCCAGCUCUGCGUCGCCGAGAUCCUCAGCCCCAAGCGAGUGCUUUCCUUCUGCCACAUAAGGGAGGAAGAGGUGGGGACACGGGUGGAGCAGAUUCGCGCGGCGGGGCUGUCAACACCAGUGAAUCUAAGCGUGAUGUUACACAGCAUUACCAACAGCAUUGUUGCACGGGCGACAUUCGGGAAGAAGAGGAAGAACGCGGCGGAGUUCAUGGCAGCCAUCAAGUCCGGUGUGGGCUUGGCGAGCGGCUUCAACAUCCCUGACCUCUUCCCGACAUUGACCACCGUGCUAGCCACCAUCACCGGCAUGAAACGCAGCCUCCACGGCAUCCACACGACAGUGGACACCAUCCUAGAGGAGAUCAUCAAUGAGAGGAACAUCGCCCGCGCCGAGAAGAUCAAGGCCGGCGCCACCGAGAACGUGGACGAGAACCUCACGGAUGUGCUCAUCGGCCUGCAGGGGAAAGGUGGCUUUGGUUUCCACCUCGACAACAGCAAGAUCAAGGCCAUCAUCCUGGACAUGUUCGCUGGCGGGACAGGGACAUCAGCGUCGGCGAUGGAGUGGGGGAUGUCGGAGCUGAUGCGGAACCCGGCGGUGAUGGAGAAGCUGCAGGGGCAGAUCCGUGAGGCGUUCAAGGGCAAGACCGUGGUGACGGAGACCAACUUGCAGGCAAGCGAGCUUCGGUACCUAAAGCUAGUGAUCAAGGAGGCGUUGCGGCUGCACCCGCCGGCGCCGCUGCUGGUGCCCCGGGAGAGCAUCGACAUGUGCGAGCUGGAAGGGUACACGAUCCCGGCCAAGUCGCGUGUGGUGAUCAACGCGUGGGCCAUCGGGCGGGACCCCAGGUAUUGGGACGAUGCCGAGGAGUUUCAGCCAGAGCGGUUCGAGGACGGCACCGUGGACUUCACCGGCAGUAACUACGAGUUCCUCCCGUUCGGCGCUGGCCGUAGGAUGUGCCCCGGGUUCAACUACGGGCUGGCCAGCAUGGAGCUCGCCCUCGUCACCCUGCUCUACCACUUCGACUGGUCACUGCCAGAGGGGGUCGCCGAGGUGGACAUGGAGGAGGCGCCUGGCCUUGGCGUGCGCCGCCGCACGCCGCUGAUGCUCCUCGCCACGCCCUUCGUCCCCGUCGUCGCGUAGACAAGGGUACGGUUUGUUUGCAUGAGUGCAUGCAUGCCGGCUUCGUAACGACCUUCCUAGUGCGUGUCAAUGGGUGUCCGUCUCCAUAUAUCUUCAGUUUCUUGCGUCCUGCGGUUACAGUAGGGCCGGUCUCGUACGUGUGUGUUGCCCUGCGUACUGGCGCGUGUGUAUGAAUGAAUACGUUUUAUUGUAUUGUUGUUAUAUGAUGUACUUGUGU